CUCAUUGGUUGAUUCACUGCAAGGUCUGCGGCUCUAUGGUUGUACCACCAAUGCUGCUCCCCGCCUUGCUAUUGAGGUCGUGGAUAUAAACAGCCGCCCCGCUUCGAAUUUUUCUUUCCCGAGUCCGUCCCCAGACAUUGCCCACUUACAUACCUACCACGAUCAUGCCGGUAACUUUCCAAGUCGCCUCUCACCCCGCGACCCCACGACCCCGUACAAAGCGGGGCACGGCCGCCCCCUCUCCGCCACCAGCUCCCUGCACCACCUGGCCCCCAAAGCCAGCUCUUCCCUGUCGGAGCUCCUCCAGACCUCCCUCACCGACUCGGACCUGCCGCAGCUCGUCGAGUCUCACAAUGGCUUCGUUAACGCCUGCAUGCAGGCGUACAACACGCAUCAGCAUUUGGUACUGCGGCCUGACGACAUGUGGAUCGCUAUCAUGUGCCAGUUCUCAAGCUUUGUGGAGGCGAAUGCGGAGGGUCUGCGCGGGCAUUUUGUUGCGCAUGAGGGGCAGAAGGAGCUUACCAUCCGGAAGAACGGGACUAGGCAUUUCGUGGACUGGGGAGAUAUCGCAGGGCAGUUUGGGGGACUGCUGGAAAAGAAUGUCAAGGAUCCCGAACUGAGGGAGUGGAUCGUGCCCGGGUUCUCGACGACUACGGAGACCGAUCGCAUCGUGGGCGCGGUCGUGAUGAUGGCGACGCUGAAAAGCUACUUCUCGUACAAAUGCAUGUUGAUGCGCGGGAUCCCAUCGGUGACCCUCCUCGGCACCUGGGAGGACUGGCUCUCCCUGCAGCGCCGCCUCCAAAAACUCCAGACUUUCGUCACGGCCGAUAAACACCCGCACCUGCACGCCUGGUGCUCCUUACUCACACCUCUCCUUGAGAACUUCGCGGGCGCCUUCUCCACCUUCUCCGCCGCCGCACCCAACCCGCAGCGACAAGCCGAGAUCCGCGACUUCUUCGACCGCAUCUGCCACCGCGAGUUUGGCGGGAGCGGGCCGAACUACAUCUCGGGCUGGCUGAUGUAUUUCUGCGCGUUUGACAUGGAUGGGAAGUGGCAGCUAAAAGGCGCCGGUGGGCAUAGCAAGCGGCGAAAGGUACCAUUUGGAAACGAUGCCGAGUGGAUCCCGAGGGUGGAUAGUGAGGAGAUCCCAAAUGCAUACGUUGAGGUCGGCGUCAAGAUUGACGAUAACGGUGAGGUCUUGCAGAGUGUCAUGGUGGCAGGGUUGGCAGGUUACAAGGUCCUGGGCGACGAGAGGGAUGCGCUGCAGCCGCAUGCCACGUGGUGGAUCUUUACGAAGCAGGAGGGGGUGUAAGAUGGAGAGCAUUCAAACCGCUAUAUAUAUCCUCCCUCCUCCCAGGAAGUGGAUGAUCGUGGGGAGUGGGAGGUAGUUUAUGAGCAAGAUUCUGCUGGGGGAGGUGGGCCGGUUGAUAUACACGCUGUACAGGCCGGGGAAGACUGGGGGGAUUUGAUGGGAAAUCUUCUGGUGGGAGGAUUGGUUAAUGUUGAUAUACACCCUGCACUGGUCGAGCAGGGUUAGGUUUAUGAGUAUGCGCCAGGCGAGGGAAUACCUGAUAUAUAGCCCCAAAUGGUUUUACGAAUUUGAAUGAACUGUUUUUUGCUUUGCUUCGUCAUUCUCGCAUUCAGUCUAUUUAGACUGUAGGUGGAUUUGAAUCACUAUCC